CCAGUCAACCAAAGGACCCCUUAUUUCUUUCCCCCUCAUCUUGUGCAAUAGUAUAAAAACAAAAAUCAAAGAUUUUGGUUUGAAUUUCAGGAAAUUUUUGAACUUCUGAAAAUGAGGCCUCAAAUAGUAUUAUUUGGGGACUCCAUUACUGAACAAUCUUUUAGAUUAGGUGGUUGGGGUGCCGCUCUUGCUGAUACUUAUGUUCGCAAGGCUGAUAUAUUGAAUCGUGGCUACGGUGGAUACAACACCAAAUGGGGAUUGUUCUUGCUCCACCACCUAUUUCCACUGGAUGCUCCAACACCUCCUGUUGCUGCCACUAUAUUCUUUGGAGCCAAUGAUGCUGCUCUUUUGGGAAGAACCAGUGAAAGGCAACAUGUCCCACUCGAGGAAUAUAAGGAAAACCUAAGAAGAAUGAUACAACAUUUGAAGAAAUGCUCCCCGUCAAUCCUAGUAGUGCUGAUAACUCCACCACCAGUUGAUGAAGCAGGACGGUUUGAGCAAGCCAGGUCUAUGUAUGGAGACAAAGCAAUGGAAUUACCAGAAAGGACAAAUGAAGUGACAGGAGAGUACGCAAAACAAUGCGUUGAAUUGGCAAGGGAGCUAGGCCUCCCUUCCAUCAAUCUAUGGUCGAAAAUGCAGGAAACAGAGGGUUGGCAAAAAAAAUUCCUCAGUGAUGGCUUACAUCUCACAGCGGAAGGCAAUGCCAUUGUUCACCAAGAAGUUGUUAAAGCGUUCAAUGAAGCAGGUUUUUCUGCCCAAAAGAUGCCUUAUGAUGUCCCUCACCAUUCAGAAAUCGACGGACAAAACCCUGAGAAGGCCUUCCAGCUACAAUGCCCUGCUAUAUAACUCUGUCCUUUAUGUAUCAGUGAGAAACUAGUGUUCAAUAGUUGACAAAAUUAUCAAUUUCUGGGUGUGAUCAGCAAUUUCCAGCAAAAGGAUUUGGCCUUUGGAGGGUAAUGUUUUCAUUAACAGUUUAAAUAUUCUAAAAAUGACAGUUGAAUUCGCAUCUAUACUAUUUUCAUCAAUAAAAGAAUGACUUUUUGGAUGUA